AUGAAAGUAAAACACUUCACCCUCCGUGAAGUCAUUUUUGACAGAACAGCAGAAGCUGGUGGGCACGUACUGCAGAAACUGACGUAUGAGGAAGCAGUGGAAAGAGCAGGUUUUGGUUUGUUCCAUUGGCUGCUGCUGGUGGUUUGUGGUUGGGCCAAUGCCAGCGAUGCUGUGGAGAUUCUUUGUGUUUCUUUUCUGCUGCCAACGGCACGCUGUGAUCUCCAGCUGAGCUCCUCAGACAUGGGCCUGCUGACAGCAAGCAUUUUCCUCGGAAUGAUGGUGGGUGGCUACAUGUGGGGUUACUUGGCUGACCAGAAGGGGCGUCGCAGGGUUUUGAUUGUGUCUCUGACAGUCAAUGGGCUGUUUGGGGGUCUGGCUAGCUUGGCUCCAUGGUUCUGGCUCUUCCUGUUGAUGCGGUUCAUCAGUGGCAUUGGGGUCGGCGGGUCAAUUCCUGUCAUUUUCUCCUACUUCUCAGAGUUUAUGCCCCGGCUGAGGAGAGGUGCGAUGAUCAGUUGUCUUGCCACCUUUUGGAUGGCAGGAAACAUCCUGGCUGCAGGUCUGGCCUGGCUGGUGAUCCCCAGAACCUGGGUAUAUUUGUCUCUGGGAACACUGGACUUCAAGAGCUGGCGGGUGUUUGUGGUGCUGUGCUCCGUUCCCAGCAUCACGUCGGCACUCAUUUUCAAGCUGUUCAUGCCUGAAAGCCCCAAGUUCCUCAUGGAGGCUAACCGUGAGAAAGAAGCAAUCCAUGUUUUCAGAUUGAUGUUUAAGCUGAACAUGAAAGGAAAAGAAAAGGGUCUUCCGGAAUUUGGUUUGCGUUCAAGUUCUACCCAAAAAGGUGACAAAGACAAGAGCAGAAGCUUGGGUUCAAGUAAAGAACGUCUUGCAAAUAUUUUGAAAAAGGCUUUGGCUCCCAUUAAAAAGAUAUUUCAGAGCCCUUUCAGAUCCAGGAGUAUCCCUCUUCUCAUCAUUUUCUACUCAAUAUCUUUUGGUUACUACGGGCUGUGGAUGUGGUUUCCUGAGCUGUUUGAGAGAACCGAAGACGGCGGCUCGCCCUGCGCAAAUGUGUCCCGCCCGUCUGCAAUGGUCAAUGCAACCUGUGACACGGUCAAGACAGCAGUAUAUACGGAUGGCUUCAUCAUAGCCGCGGCAAACCUGCCGGGUAACAUCUUCACUAUCCUUGUGAUGGACAGCACCGGAGGAAAGGCUCUGCUUUCCGGCAGCCUGUUGUUGUCCAGUCUGAGUGUCUUCUUCAUCUAUGUGGUUCAGACCAAAGCUCAGAGUCUGAUCCUGUCCUGCAUCUUCAGCGGGGUGUCCGUGAUCACCUGGAAUGCGCUGGAUGUCAUAGGAACUGAGCUCUACCCAACAAAGCUACGGUCCUCUGCUCUUGGUUUCUUCACAGGCGUGGGCCGAGUGGCAGCGAUCAUGGGUAACUUGGUCUUUGGAAGGUUGGUGGAUGCAAACUGUGCUGUCCCCAUCCUGCUGGUGUCAGCCCUGCUGCUCACUGGAGGACUGGUGGGUCUUCUACUUCCACAAACCAGGCAGACAGAGCUCACGUGAACACUCGCAUUGUUUUAUUGGCUUCAGCUUCCUCUAAACAUCCUCACAGAUGGGUAGAACGACUUGAAGCUCUGUAAUCUGUGUAUUUUCUGGUUGAAUCCUGUGCCUUCUGUCAUCUUUUUUCUAUGGUUCCUAAUUUAAAAAUUCCACUGCUAAAACAAAUUGUUAAACAACGUUGCCUCUCUCUGCCUUCCAAGAAUUACUGCGUUGGAAAGCUGAGAAAGAAGUGCCAGUGUGUCAUUAAAACCUUUGACACCUGUAAAAA